GUUCAGCAUAGUAAAAAGCUCUUGAUCUAAGGCACGAAGUUACGAUUAAUCGUAUGGUGCUGGAACACAGCAUUCAGCUGAAGUUGUUAGAAUAUUCUCUUACAUAGUGAUUCAGGACGUCCGUGCAUUUUGAAGCAUGAAGUGAAUCAGAUACAAGAAUCGAUUCUCUUUUACGAUAAAAGAACGAUGCGAGUCGUCUACAAUAGAACGGAACUGAUUCGAGUUGUGUGUUGGUUUUUUUCAAGUGAUAUAUACCAACAUUCACGUGUGUGGUUACAAGAGCAAUAUUUUGAGGAACUAAGAGCGGGAAGAAACCAAGAUAGGUCGUGAAAUAUCAUAGUUUACCAUGUCUGAGACGUGCAACUACGCUCCGAAAAUAACAAUUUCCAAAGGAGCAGAAACAGUUUACGAAGAAUGUCGAAGUGAUGUGAAUGGUCUUCCAGACUUGUUAAAGGCACUUAAAGAAUUUCAAGAAAACUCCAAUUCGAUUUUGUCAGAUUUGAUUGCACAAGUUCCUAAUACUGACAAUUUGGGAAAUGUGCAUCAAAUUGAGACGGGCUUUAAUUUGAUAAUUACAAAAAGUUAGAAAACUUUGAAAUGUGGCCAAAAUAUUUGCAUUACAAAAAUAUUAAGUACUGGAAAUAUUCAGAAAAAAUAGCCAAACUAAUUGCCAUAGAAACACGUACUCCCAAGUUAUUACGUGGUACAAAAGGCAUGAGUUUGGUUUGCUAUAGAAAACACUGAAGGGGAAUAUUUUUCAUCAGACCAGAAGAAGAUAAAACUUGUACAUGCAAAUGAUAACAAAUAAUAAAGAAACUUCCUGAAAUAUUGUGUGAUUUCAAUCAUUUCGCUUACUUUUAAUAUCCAUAAAGAUAUGGUUAAUAUAAUUAAGAACUAAUAAUUACUAGAUGUCUUCAGAGUAUUUGUAAUAAUGAUAAUUGCAUAUAUGAAAACAAUUUUGAAUUGAAAUAUUAUAUUGUAGUAAGGAAAAUAUACAGUGAGGAAUUUUUCACAUAAUUAUAUUGCUUGCCUUACAUUUUUGCAUGUCCUUGAUCCAAAUUAAUUGAGCCAACAAUAUUUUCGAAAUACACCACUCAGGAUAAGUCAUUAGUUUAUCACUCAUUUCACUUACACUCGAAACAAAAGUUGAUAAUUGUAACACCGUUAACAUUCUAAAACACUGACACAUGUAAUUUUAUUUCGAGUACAAUUCAAUGUGGGCUACAUAAAUAAUAAUUCACGAUGAUUCCAACUAAUCAUCCCACAAAAUAAUGAAUAACUUCGUACACGAACACACCCAAACUUAAAUUGCGCCACUAUAUUAGACACUAAGGUAAUUUUCCAUGCCAUAUUAUCGCGGAGCCCCCCGUCGGCAAUCACAGUUUGUUUACAUGCGAUGGACUGGCCUCCAUUUUGCUUCGUGAUGGACCGAAGGAACGCCGAGAAAUGGACCAACGAUGGCAGCUGGGUGUGAAUGAACUAAGGAACGGACGGGAACGGAAGAAAUGUGGAAUGGACCAAUGUUGUCUACAAGGGUCCGAGCGGUCGACGUGGGAAAAAAUGGGAUAGAAGAGAUGCGUGUGCAAGAAAAAUUGUAUACAACAUGUGCCAAAAUGACGGAAGAAAGAGGUUUGAAUGGAGGUCCUGAGGUGGUAACCAGUGGCAGCAAAAGGAGUUUUGGACCUAGAGAAAAUGACGGGACUCCGAGUCCCGGUGCAACACCACCGGAAUUAGAUCGAAAUACUACCAUAUCAGGCGGAAGACUUAAAUUUUUCAAAGAUGGAAAAUUUAUCCUUGAGCUGUCGCAUCGGAAAGAAGGAGAUCGCAUGUCCUGGGUUCCAGUGCCAAAAAAGACCUACUGGCCAUUGUCUGCUGCAGGAACUCCUCGUCAAGAAAGUUCCACAUCUCUUAGUGUCUCAGAUGAUAAUUCGUCAGUCCAGUCUUCACCGUGGCAACGAGAUCAUUGUUGGAAACAGAGUGCUCCACAACAAGGAAUUAGCAAAGAGAUGACGUUUUUUAUGCAAGCUCAUCAAAGUGUGAAAGAAUAUCGGAACCUCCAUUUUUACUCUCAUGAUAUUCGUAGGAAAAGAAGGUGUCCUUAUGAGCCAAUAGAUAUUUCAGUUAUGAAUAGUAUUAGUGUGAAUACAACAAAGUUAACAAAAGUGAAAAAAGGUGGACAUUCUCGAGCAAAGUUGUCAGUUAUAGUACAAACUUUGUUAGAAAAAGUGUCGGGUCCAAGUGGCGAAAGUUUGGCAGGUAGUAGUAGUAAUAGUAGUAGCAGCAGUGGGUCUGUGCCGAGUCAAGUGAGGACAGUGAACAUAACAAGUGGCCGCAUGGACCCUAGUAUAAUUUCACCUCGAAAGAGGAUUCUUCGUGAAAUGGAAAGAGUUAGUCUUGAUGAUUCAUCGAGCUCAAAACGUCGAGCUCGUACCACGAGUGCCUUGUCUCUAAAUAACAAUGGUAGCAGCAGUAACUGCACCGUGACGUGCCAAACAUUACAACUGAGUAGUGUUCUGCCUUUACCUUCUCAGUCAAGCAACAAAGCAUCUGUAAGCAGUUACAGUAUAACAUCUCUCCUGGGUACUGGUCAGCAGAAUUCUCUGGCUUCAGGAGCUGAUUAUGAGCCUUCGUUUCUUCGGUCAUUAUUGAGAUCAUCAUCACAACAGGCUACAUCUCCAGAACUUAGCCCAAGGUUACGACCUGGUUCUGGCAAAGGAAAGGUAGACGGUAGUAGGAAGGCUUCACCUCCUCAAGGACAACAAAUUCCUGCCUCCUCUCCUACCUUGUCUCCGUCUCCAGAUUCACAUAGCUGUGGGUUAAGGACACCAGUUAUUCCGUCCAUUGGCAGCUCGUCUCCACAUCUCAACCCUUUCUUGGGAGCCCCUUUACUUUAUCCUGCGCUAAACACCCCGUAUCUACCUCAUCAUCCAGCUACUCCGAGUAUAAGUCCUCAUCCAUACUAUUCUAGCCUUCCUCCGGUUCCAUCUUAUAGAGGAUCCUCAUCUCCUGUUUCUUCUCUUUGGGUAAAUUACCCACUUUCUAGUCUUCCACGAGGAGCAUUAUAUCCUGGACUUGUGAGUCCAUGUCAUGCACCUCCACUUAGCCCUUGGAACUCAGCUUCACGUCAGACAGUUGAUAACUUGAAACAUGAAGAUAGCCCAUCAGAUGUCCCUCUGAACUUAUCCAAGCAUGCUGGCUGAAGAGAUUCUUUAGUGUUUGAGAUAUUUUGACGAAAAAGAAUGAUAGUUAUAUAAACUUUUCAGUGAUGGUGAAUUCGGCAGAUUUACAAACGAAUAGUGAAUUUGUUUGAUACGACUUGAAGUUUGGAAGCCUAGGAAGCGUCUGUACAGGUUUGUUUAUAUAUCAAUAUUGGGGUGAAUAGCUGGUAGAUUGAAAUAUGUAUAUAAGGUAGCGUGAAUGAUAGGAAGAAAUCUACAAACCAUGUGCCUUUGGAUAGGCAUUUCCUUACAGCAGUUUUCUUUGUAUAAUAAUUUCACAUAGUUGAUUUUAUAUACAAAAAAGCAGACACAUGUCAGCUCACUACAUAUGCCAUUAAAAAUGGUGAUUAUAGUGGAGUAUGAAAAAUAUUACAUAGGCUCAAUUUAAGAAAUCCAUGCCAUUAUGAGAAUUUUGUGAUGCCUGUACAGUAUUCUCAAUCUGAUUGUACACAUUUAAAUUUUCGAAGAGUAAUGUGGCAUUUUGCCAUUGCAAUAUUUUAGAAUCUCAAUUUGAAACUUGUAUUAAAAUUUAUUUUGCUUACCUUUUUAGUAGUUUGCCUUGUAUAAUUUGUAUAAACAAAUUUAUGCCUUAAUUUGUUCAUUGUAUGUAUAUGUAUAUCUCAUAUGGUGCUGAAAUUUAUGUGGUGCUCUCAUAAAAUGUAAACAUAAUACAUGACACUUUCUUCAGUUCUGUGACAGAGAUUCUCUCUUUCAUAAACAUUAACCAGUGCAUUUUUGAUGCAUGAUGCAAUAUAAUGGUUCGUUGUUAAGGAAAAAAUGCUGUACCCUCUAAUACUAAUCUAUUUGGGAGUAUUUUGUGCAUUAGUGCAUCAUAUAAACUUGGUGAGGAAAGUAUAAAUAAUAUAGAUUUUUUUUCUGAACAGUUAUAUUAAAUAUUGUAUUUUGUUGAAACAGUAUUGUUAGUUUGGAUUUGUAUCAGUUAAUCUAAUGUGACUGGUGUGUCUUGUAAUAGAAUGUAUUUGUUAUUUUGAUUUGUUCAUUCAAAUCACUGAUACAAUUCCUUUUAAUUUCAGUAAUUCGAUAGUGCUUACUGCCAUCAUGAACUUGUAACGUGUGUGUGUGCGUGCGUGUGUAUGUAUGUGAAGUAUGUUUGCCUUUCUUCUGUGAGAUUUUCUUAAAUGAAGGCUAUUUGAACUGAACCCAGAUAUAACUUUGUAAGUUGUAUGAUUUCUUUUAUUGAUAAUUCCGUGAGCAUUAUUCACUGUUGUUAAAACUAUGCUUUCGUUGUGCAAUACUGCCCAGGAGUUGCUCACAAAUAUCAUGUUAUUUUGUGCCUUUUAUCAAAGGUAUUUGAGUUUUAAGAAACCAAUUGUGAGAAACUCCUAUAAUGUGAAUUCUGGUCUCGCUUUUGAGAAUCCUGGUCUACACGUGGGUGUUUAUAUAUUUGAGGGCACGAUUGUAGAUUAUUUUCCAGAAUGAAAAUUAAUUAAGUUUCAACACAACUAUUUGGGAUAUCAGAAGUAAAUUGUGGAGGGAGUACAAAAUAGAUUGAUUACUUGUGGGAAUAUGCAUAUUUUGGGUAAAAAUACUAAUAGAAAGUGUAUAUUUUGUUAUUUGUGAGAUGUAUAUGGAUCUGUAAAAUGACUUGCUAUAGCAAAGUUUUGGAAUGUAUUUUAUUACAAAUAUUGAACUUUUGAUUUUUCUGAUGUAUGUAACACUAAACUAUUUAAUUGUAAAAAUUAAAUGAUCAUUUUAGAUUAUAUAAAGCUCAAAAUAAAAAAUGAACUGAUUGAAUCUUAUUUUGAGAGAAGUUAAAAAUGUUGUAGAAGUAUUUUUAAACAACUAUGGAAAAUUUACAGAUUGAGGAAACAAAGUAAGUUAUAUUGUCUGCUUAAUAUGCAUUUUCCUUCAGUGUGAAUCACAAUUACCAAAAAACAAACUUAAUUGGAGAUAUAUUGUAUUUUUGUAAGAAUUCAUGUUCCUGAAUGAAAGUUAGUGUAAUAACUGCAGUGUUUGCAAUUCUGUGGAAUGCACUGAAUCUUAUAUUUUUUAUUUUGCAAUAGAGCUUCUCCGUUCUAAUAAACAUAAUUAUUAAAUCGGAUCUUGAUAUGGUUAUGGUUUUGUUGCCCAGUUUAAUUUUUCAAGUAAUAAUUUCAAUUUGGUUUAUUAGGACUGCUUUGUGAUGUAUAUGUUGAUCCCUUCUUUUUGCAGUGCUUUGAAAAGGUCCCACAUUUGCACAUCUAUCCUUAAGGAAUUGCAUUGUGUUUGACCUUUGAAAAGUAUCACUUUAGUUCCAUUUGUAUAUUCAUGAUGUACAGUAAUGUGUGUUCUUCAGUAAAAUGUAUUUAUUUCAAUAGUGUAGGUUGAUUUUAACUUUAAACAAGUUGAAAGUGUUAAUGCAUCCUUAAUUGAUCCAAAAUGGAAUGUGAAGAAGCGAAAUUUCUCAUCAGAUUUCUCCAGGCUAAUUUAAAUUCAAUUUUAAUGAUGUAUGAGAAGUAAGGGUUUAUUUUCAUGUUUCCAGCAUUAUAGUACAUGACAUUUGUAACAUAAAUUCAUGCAAAGAGAAACAAUCUCAUUAAAUAUUCACAAUGAUUUGAGUUGAACCUUUUUUUGAUGGAUACACAAAUUGUGUCAAUAUAACUGACUAUUGUACCCUGGUCAAUAUAAACACUACUUCAGUUGAAAUAUCAUUCUAGUCUAGUACAUACUGUUGGCAUACUUAUUUAUAACUAUUUUUUUAUUGCAUUAUUUAAUAUUCAAUAUUUUCACACUGGAGCAGUUGGUCAUUUCUUUUUUACUGAUUUGUGAAGAAUUCAAACAUACUCUGUGGCAAAAUUGUUUUUGCAUGACAUAGUGCUUGAUAAUACUGAGAUUCUCUGUGAUCUCUUCUUUGUCAUGUCAAAAGACUUGUCUUUUUUUUUGGUAGAAUUAUGCUCUUUUUGUUGUUGUUGCCAAUUUUGGUAUAGAUGUGCCUUGUGCCUCCUUAUAGAUGUAGCAACAUUUUUGAGAGUCCUGUAAUUUGGUUUGAAAUUUUCCUUUGAACAUAGAAUACAGUUAAUGUUCCCUUUUUAUCAUAUAAAAUCAAACAAACCAAAAAAAAUUGAAAACGUUAUUGCAAUUAUAUUAUUUCUUUAUAUUAU